AUUCAAGGAGCUAUCCCCCUAUGAUGUCGACUGGUAUUUUAUUAGGGCUGCAUCUAUCUGCAGACACUUGUACAUCAGAUCACCAGCUGGAGUCGGAGCUUUUGAGACUAUCUACGGAGGUCGCCGCCGACGUGGAACUGCCCCAAGUCAUUUCUGUAAGGCCACUGGAUCCAUCUCCAGACGUCUGUUACAGAGUCUUGAGAACCUGAAGAUUGUGGAGAAAGACCCAAAUGGUGGCCGCAGGCUGACCUCACAGGGCAGACGUGAUUUGGACAGAAUUGCCGCCCAGAUCAAGUCAAAGAAAACAAGUGAUAUGUGAUCUGUAAAUAAAUGAAAAAAACAUUGAAAA